AAUAACUAUACCAAAAAAAUAGAGAGAGAGAGAGAUUUAACAAAGGCAUUUCUUGCAGGGGGAGAACAUGAACGAUGAAGCUGUUUCCAGUCUUUCUAAUUUUCUCUCUCUAAAAAGCGCAAUAGCGAAUAACUGAAAGAUAGAAACCCUAGCCUCUAUGUGAUUUUGUAGAUUACUUGUAUUCGACGCAUCGAAUUCAUUCUCUUUGAUCCGUUUUCCGUGAAAUGUGCAGAGCGAGUGAACAACAUCGAUGAAGCAAUCUCAUCGGUGGCAGAGGUCUCUGAUCCUCUGUCUUCUCUCUCUCUCCGUCGUUGCUCCUAUAGUUUUCGUCUCUCGCAGGCUUCAAGUUCUCACUCGCGAUGGACGAAAAGAGUUUCUUGAUGAAUUAUCUAGUGUUAAGUACAGGACAGAUCCUUUAAAGUUAAAUGCUAUAGAACAGGAAGACAGGGAAGAAUUAGAAGGGCCAAAGCAAGUUGUUUAUAAAGAAAAUGAUUUUGGUUCAAAGUUUAGUGACAGUUCGGAAAACUUUGAUGAUUCUGAGGAUUCUAGAAUUGAGGGGUCCAGAAAUAAUUUAUUGGAAAAAAAUGUUUCAGAAAUCGACCAUGACGAAACACAAGACCAGGAAGCUCAGCCGAAAGAAUUGUGCUCCACGGGUCGAGAUCAGAAGAAAUUCAAUGUAACAGUUAUGCACAAUGAGAAUAUAAAAACUCACUCUCAAAGAAAUACAGACGAGAUUACUAAAGUGACAGAAAAGCAAUCUAGUUCAACGUUAAACCAACAUCAUCAGAUUUCACGCCAUCAGUCUCGGAGAGCGACAAAUCAUACGGUUAUGGAGAUUAAGGAUCAAAUUAUUAGAGCAAGGGCUUACUUGGGCUUUGCUCCACCAAGCAGCACCUCACACUUGGUGAAGGAGUUGAAGCUGAGAAUUAGAGAGAUGGAACAUGCAGUUGGAGAAGCUACCAAGGAUUCAGAUCUUUCGAGGAGUGCUUUGCAGAGAAUGAGACACAUGGAAGCUUCACUGUCUAAAGCCAACCGUGCUUUCCCUGACUGCAUUGCUAUGGCUGCUAAGCUCCGUGCGAUGCAUCAAAAUACUGAAGAACAAGUUCGUUCUCAGGAACACGAAGUAACAUAUCUUGUUCACCUUGCUGCAAGGACCACCCCGAAAGGUCUUCAUUGUCUUUCUAUGCAACUAACUUCUGAUUACUUUGCCCUGAGACCCGAGGAUAGAAAGCUGCCAAAUGAAAAUAAGAUUCAUGAUACGGAACUUCAUCAUUAUGCUGUCUUCUCUGACAAUGUUCUGGCAUGUGCGGUGGUUGUUAACUCCACUGUCUCCAAUGCCAAGGAGCAGGAAAAACUUGUGUUUCAUAUAGUUUCCAAUUCACUCAACUUUCCUGCAAUCUCGAUGUGGUUCUUAUUAAAUCCUCCUGGGAAAGCAGCCAUCCAUAUACAGAACAUAGACAAUUUUGAAUGGUUGUCCAAGUACAAUACAUUAAAGGAACAAAAUUCCAGUGAUCCAAGAUAUACUUCUGAAUUGAACUACCUGCGUUUCUACCUGCCAGAUAUCUUCCCCACUUUAAAUAAGAUUUUGCUCCUUGAUCACGAUGUGGUGGUGCAACAAGAUCUCAGUACACUAUGGAAUAUUGACAUGAAUGGAAAAGUAAUUGCAGGAGUUGGGACUUGUCAGGAAGGUGAAACUUCAUUUCGCAAGAUGGAUAUGUUCAUAAACUUCUCAGAUCCAUUCAUUGCAAAGAGGUUUGAUGUCAAUGCUUGCACAUGGGCAUUUGGGAUGAACUUGUUUGAUUUACAGCAGUGGAAGAGACAUAACUUAACUGGUGUCUAUCACAAAUAUUUGCAAAGGGGCUCCAAUAUGCCAUUGUUGAACAGCGGCAGUCUGCCUUUAGGCUGGCUCACCUUCUAUAACAAGAUAAUGUAUUUGGACAGACGGUGGCACAUUCUUGGCCUUGGUUAUGACUCGGGCAUCGACAGUAAUAAGAUUGAGCAGGCUGCUGUUAUACACUAUGAUGGAAUUAGGAAGCCAUGGUUGGAUAUUGGAAUGGGAAGAUACAAGAGUUAUUGGUCCAAAUUUAUCAAGUUUGACCACUCUCUUUUGCGACGUUGCAAUCUCCAGGCGUAGCCCAACAUCUAAAAGUACUCUAUUUGGCUGGUGUUCUUUUGACUAGUUUGCUGGCACAUUGAUUGCCUGCUUUAGUUAUUUCUUGGUCUUGGCAAUUCUUCUUGUAAAGCUCUUCAUAGCUCCCAGAAUUUUCUGACAUAUAUCUUCAUAGAAAAUUAGCUUAUUUGUAGUGUCAUUAAAGAUGAAAUAAGACUUACAAUAGGCAUUUUAGCUGUUUGGAGAUGCCAUUCUUUGUUGUGUAAAUAACGCAUUCCCGUGCUCUAUUAUUACAGGUUACACUACCAUCAUUUGCCAGUAGUUUACACGAUUUCGUGCAGACUAGAAAUUGAAGCUGUGUUUUACUUUGGAAUACAGAUUUACAUAAUAUUUAAAUUA